CUGACAAAAAUAAAUAAAUAAAUUGAGGAUGUGGACAACAAACUUUUCCUGUGUGAUGUCACUUGGUUGCCCUUUAUAAGUGGCUGCUAAAAAGCUGGGAACCCAUCUGAGGACUCACACUCCAAAUACACACAAAGAGGAGGCAGAAAAGAAGGAGUGCAAAGUAUCGUGUUUCAGACACAGCACCAGCCACUAAGAAGAGAGCACCAUGUUGCAGACCAGUCAGUACAGCCGCCUGGACUUCAUGCUCUUUGUCCUGUGCAGCUUGAAGGCUAUAGCUGCCUUUCCCAACUCCUCUCCACUGCUGAAUCCCAGCUGGGGAAGCACAGAUCGUCUGAUGCACCUGUACACGUCUACGGAGAAGAACAGCUUUCAUCUGCAAAUCAACCCUGAUGGUUAUGUGGAUGGGACCCCUCACCAAACCAUUUACAGUGCUCUCAUGAUCAAAGCUGAAAAUGCAGGCUACGUGGUGAUAACCGGUGUCAAGAGCGGGUGCUACCUCUGCAUGGACAUCCAAGGAAAUAUCUUUGGAUCACAUUACUUCAAUCAAGAGGACUGUGUGUUUAAACAAAGGACACUGGAAAAUGGAUAUGACGUGUACCAGUCUCCCAAGUACCACUUUUUGGUCAGCCUAGGCAGAGCUAAGCAAGUUUUUUUCCCUGGUAUGAACCCACCACCUUAUUCCCAGUUUUUGUCCAGGAGAAAUGAGAUCCCUCUAAUCCGGUUCAACACGCCUGAACCCCACAGGCACACUAGAAAUGCAGAUAUUGAUCCUAUGGACCCCCACCAGAUGUUGAUCCCCCAGAGAAAGAUCUCUGCAGUGCAGGCCCUGCCACAACGGUUUCAAAGUAACUUCGCCCACCUGCCCAGAGAGCCCAUGCGAUUCAAUCCAAAUGAUGUGGUCAACCCAGAUGACCCUCAUUCCAUGAUGGAUGCAAGGAGGCACGCCAGCCCUCGUUUCUACAUUACAAGAUAGCGGGGUGUUGCUCCACCAUAGACUAGAGACAUGGGUGAAUAUAUUAGACAGAAAGAACUGGCUCGUGCCCUAGAAGCUUUGAUACCCAAUCUCUAACCUUCUUUCACAUGGCCUAUUAGAAACCUGAAAGAUGCUGAAUUUGAGUUUUGUUCAUGAGAAUGACCUGUUACUGGAAAAUUGAACAAUGUAUUUUUACAGAUUGGGCUUUAUGUUACUUGAAAUAAGCUAUAUUUGCAAGGUAAUAAUACAAACCACACAUUGGAGAGUCCAAAUCUCCACUCACUUACCUCAGUGUAAAUAAGAAGGAACUCUACCCAAGACUGAGGAAUUAAUUGUAUACAAUUCCUAACCAAGGAAUUAAUUAUAUACAAUUCCUAAUGAGGCCUGAGAGAUUUGGGUCCUACAGUGUCUAAAUUCUAGUGUAGGCAGGGAAAUUCACUUCCAAACCACCCUGCAAACUCUAGGACAAUGGGUACAUAACUGAUUGUAUUUUAUAGAAAACUUCCUUCAAUGUAUUUUGGUUUGUUAAGAUCAGAGUCCAAGUCUCCUUUCACACCAGUGUAAAGCCAAAGUAAUUCCACUGAUGUUAAAGGAGAGUAAAACUGGAAUAAUUUUCAGGAGAAUUUGGUCCUAAGGAGAAAGAGUUAGUUUGGAUACAGUAAGAAUUGACCAUGCUGAACCCAUACUGAAAUUACUUUGGGGUCUGGAAACGCUCUGGCAGUCUUUUACUCUUUUUAUUCAUAGUUCCUUCUAUAUUGUGCUCCCUGCAGUCAGCCAAGGUCUAGGGCAGAAGUGUAGGGAAAUAAAAUGAAGAAAAGUUUUUUUGCAGUAUUUCCAACCCAGAGAGCAAGAAGUUCCAAAAAAUAACAGGUAUGACACAACUGUAUCCACCAGGUUAAUGUUUUUGGUAUGUAUACUACUUAACUCUAUUGGAGAAAAUCAUAGUUGCUCAGUUGCAUGUCAUAGGCCCUGCACAGCUCUAACUGGUAAUAGAGAUACUCCUCUAACUAGAGUCUGUCAGGAUGAGUAUUUCUGGAGUGGAAGACUUGAAUUCUAUCCCAGCUGUUUCCUUGAAGGUCCAAGAGGGCCAUAUCAUGCUGCAGAGUUGUACAGGGAAGUCCCUACAUGGUAUUGUCCCUACACAGCAUUGUUUCCUACAAUAAGUUAUACUUUUAUCUUAAGAUCUGCAAGUAUUGGGAAAAAACACUCCUUCUGUGAUUUCCAGCCUGGUUCAAUCUAGAUGGAUUGGUAAACACUCUAGAUAAGCUCACUUAUCAGAACUGAGCCUCUCUCUUGAGGUCUGCCCAAAGUUAAAAUGUAGUUUCACCAACAGAUAAAUGGAAAAUUCUGGAUGGACAAACCACAGAGGAGAGGUCUGAUGGAGUUUUUAUACUUUUCUAAAUUUUUAUUUGUUCCCAUAGAUCUGCAAGACAGGAUUGGAAAAGAUCCCAAAUAAGGUUCUCUUGUGAUGAGCUUCUCUGGUACUUCCUGCUUCUGAUAAAGCUAGAAACACUCUUAAGAUUAACUUGGUAAUUUAGCAACUGGUCUCAAAAUAAUUAAGAGCAGGAGAGGGAACAGAUAUGAAAGACAAUUUGAAACAUGUAUUCCAAACUCCAAAAAAAAGACUGGGUUUUAGGUCAAGAUGCUGGUCAAAACAGUUCUUUUUGUAUCCAAACUCCUUAAGACAGCGAAGCCUUACCUUCAGACUGGCUAGCUAUCCUGAAGGGAAAGUACCUGGGAUGCACCAGGUGCUGUACUCUUAUGCAAAACAGUCUCUUCCUGGAUCAAAUGAUUCAGUGCAGGAGUGGCAGCAAGUGGCUCCUACUCCCGUGUUCUUCAGUGUAGCGGAAUUAGGUCCUUUGCACAGAACAUGGAGACAGGUGUCAAACAAACUAUGCUUUGCUUGCAGGAAUAUUUAAGUAUGACUUACUUCAGUGGAGCUCUACCAGGGAUUAAUCUAACUCAUUAUCUUUAAACACAAAGAGGGAGAUGAUAGAAACAUUAACUCUAAGCCUUGCCCUGCUUUCUUAAUGCUUCUCCUGCUGUUACAAUUGCUUAAGAAACUAGGUGUGAGGAGUACUGGUAACCACUUGCACUGAGUGGAUUCUGACCAGCAACCUGGUUGGUGCUGUGCAUCCUAAAUAGGUUUUCUAGCUUUGGAAGAGUUUCUGCCCAAAGAUAACUUUGGAGCAGAACUUCUCAUUCUCUCUAAAUCCGCAGCUGGAGGAAAUCCACAGAGCUCCACUGACUUCAAAAGAGCUACACUGAUUUGGACCAGCUAAGAGAACUGACCCAGUAUCUAUAUUUAAUGGUUUUACCAUGUCCUUUUUUUCAUGCCUGAUUCUGAUCUCACUUACAUGGGUUUUCAAUCUAUGGAGCUAUGCCACACACGCACUGGAAGUGGGGAGAAAUCAGAAGCAGGCUCUACAGGAAAGUCAAAUGUGAUGGAUGUUUAACAUAAUCUCUUUAUUUUGAAUGUGUGUGUAUUUUCCCCCUCAAGAUGCAGAUUCACCAGAAUGCUUUAUUUAUUUAUUUAAAUGUAUUUAGACAGCACCGAGGCAUCCGAAUAACUAUGCAUUAGGCAUAGGGGCAUCUAGAGCAAUAACAGAAGCAGCAGCAGGCCAGAAUCUGAUCCCACUCAUACCACUGUCAAUCUAAAGUCAUGUCAGCAAGGUCAAUGGGGUUACACUGGGACCAGAACUGGACACACUGUGUCCACUGCCUGGCAUGAAAUGUUUCUAGAUUUAAAGGGGUGAGGGCUGACUGUCCUGCUACUGUCUUUUACAAUAGCUCUCUCUCCCUAAAAUAGGGAGAGGCAUCUCUGUUUUGAUGCCUGGGCCAGCAAAGCAGUUCAGAGGCUAUUUGCAGUUUAAGUUGGGAGAGACACUGGGUCUGAUUCUCCUGUCAUGACAGUGUCUUCCCAGGGAGCAAUUCUCGAUUUACACUGGUAUACGAGGGAGGAUGUUUUUGUUUAAAAAAAGCUAAAUGGGGUCAAAGAGUGGUAAUUUUGUUUUGUUUUUACUAACAGGUUAAGUUUUAGUAGGACUUUCUUUAGUAUGCUGUCUAUACAAUAGGCAGAAAAUGACUUUAUUUAUGUAUUAUAUUUUUAAUCAUUCCACUUGAUUCACUUCUUCUUUUUUUGGCCUUUGGCCCCUGAGAACUCUAUACUGGAAUCAUAUUGAGAGAAAAAAGGAAGUCUACCCAAUGGAGCAUAUUCUGGACUUCUUAAAAGUGGAAUUAAGACUUGAAAUAUCCUAAUGGAAAGCCAUGCUUUCUGUACAAGUGAUGUAAGCUAGAGUCAGAAUUGGGCAUUAAGAAUACAAGCAUAUUGCAAAAAAGAUCACACAGGGCCCCAUUCUGUUCUCAUGCCGGUGCAAUUCCAUUCACUUCAGGAGAGUCACUCCUGAUUUAUACCAGCAUACAUGAAAAGAGAAUUGGGCUCAUCGUGAAAAUUAAGGGCUGAUGCAAGUGAUGUUACUGAAGUUACUAGGGCACAUGUUCAGCUGGUAUAAAUUUUUUGCCCCACUGGUUUUAAAGGUCUCCAAGACUUUAAGUCAGAGGAGCUGGGACAAUUUACACCAUCUAAAGAUUUGCCCCUGUGAGUGUACAGGCUCAGGAAGAGUUGCAAUACUGCAUGCUACUACCGUACAAUACUAGCACCCACAGAGUUUAACGGAACAUUAUAGUACUACAGAACCAUGCUAGACCUGAGCAUCUCACAAAGUGGUGUGAAGGAUGGGGAGAAAGGUUGUUUCACUUAAUCUCCCCUGAUAGUCGGGGAUCUUUAGUUCUUAUGCCAGAAAUAAAGGUAGAAUGGGUGUUUGCAUCAAAAAUCUAUUUGUAACCAUGCAGAAUUAGGAGGGCAUUUUGGAGUUCAUUCUUCUAAGGAGGUGCUGGCCAUCACCAGCUUUGAAGAAAGCAUUCUUCUUUUUGUUUUGUUUAAUAUAUUGCAAUAUUUAUUUAUUUAUUUGAAUGAUUGCAGGUAUAGCAGAAUAUUUAUAGAUAUUUAUAAUUAUGUAUUCCAAAAACAGAAAGAAAAACUGUUCCAUUUUAUAAAAUGCAAAUAAACUUUUUCCUUUUCUCA